AUUAGCAUUGAACUAAAGUUCAAUGGGUAUUGGAAGGAAAGAAAGAAAGAAACAACCAAAGUAUAGAGUUAAUAAUAAUAAUAUAAUCUUUGCGAACAACCACCCCCACAAGCACUUUUAUCCAUUAUUUUAUAUGUAUAUGGAAUUGCCAAUUAUUGAAGUUUGAAAUGAGCCGUCCAAAAAAAUGUCCAGCGAAAGAGAGUCUAGAAAGAAUAAAUUAUCUGUACCAGAAUUUUCAGAUUGCAAAUCAACUCAUGGAUAGCAACUCCGCAAAUACUACAGUGUCCAAAAGCUGUUCAAAUCUUAUGAUUCAAGUUUCAAAGAAAUCUGUACAGAGAAUUGAUGUGGACAUGAAAAGAAGAAUCUGUAAAGCUUGUAAAACAUUGUUAUUACCAGGUAUCAACUGCAAAGUAAGAAUUAAAAAAAAGAAUUUGAAAUGGUCUUGUAAUACAUGUCAAAAUACUAAGCUAUUCCCAACCAUGAAUUAUGAACCUGUUUGGAGUCAGAAAGAUGAAAGCAUCGUUGAAAUACUAGAUUAUGGAAAAAGUUAAAUUGUGAAAGUAUAAAAUAUAUGAGUAUACAGUU